AUGAAGAUUGGAACUGAUCCGGCUAUGUCCUCGUCGUAUUCGUCGCCACCGAUGACCUCCUUUACUCCGGUGAUGCUGACGAACGAAACCUCUCUGCUCAAACCCAUCGUUCCUCCUCCGUCUUCAGAACCUGUUGUUCCAACACUGACUUCAGAAGAUGUUGUAGUACAAUCUGAUAUGAUGCAGAAGUCACCUUCUCUUGUGGUCAACAACCCAUUGCUGCAUGUUCCUGGACCAAAUCAGUUGCUGGAAAUAUCAAGCCUUGUGGUUAAUAAAUCGCCAAAAAUCCCAGACAAUCUUGCUCAAGCUCCAGAAAAAUUUGUCCCAUCUUUGGGAUCAUGGGUAAAACCUCUUCACUUUAAACCUCCGGCUACCCCUCCGGAACCUAGUACUCCUCGAGAUUAUGAUCCUGCAAUUGUCGGGAAUCAAUUAGCUGCUCUCUGGCCGACUUUAAAUGAUGAAAUCUUUAACAAGCAACCAAAGGAUAAGCAUCCAUCUCGUACUAUCCAGCCUCCGAUUGAAAAGCUUCCACCACCAGAACUAAAAGCUGAUGGGAGCCUCUGUUUCCCGUGGGCUGCAAGAUUAAGCCCUCAAUCGCGGAAUCUUUACCGGGCAGCCACACCUACUUAUCAUGGUGGAGUCCUUGAGCCUCAGAAACAUACUAAAGAGAUAGAAGGUCUUCUAUCUGAACUUGAAAUCACUCCGGCUUUGCAACCUACCUUUCAGCAGGAGAACCCCACUGCCUCGCCAAAUUUUGACCUCACUUUAUCCACAUUAGUAGAUUCACGAUCUACUCCCAUUACAGCACCUAUUAUGGAUUCCUCUCCAUCAACUGUUAUCAACACUGAAGUUUGUGAAACUUUAGUCGUUGAUCCCUUAACCACAUCACGUACUUCUUUUGCGUUUGAGAGUCCUUCUCAAUUCAAAGAGUUAGAAGAUGUGGAUGAAGUUGUGACAGUCUUCUAG